AUGUGGACGAACAAAGACUCCACCAAUUCAAAUCCAAGAGGAUUCCCCUUCUCCACACCUCAGCCGGAGAAGCGGCGGAGCAGCUCUUCUUCUAUGUAUUCUUCACCGCCGUAUCCCGUUCGGCAACGCCCGCUGCCCUCAUCUGAGAAGAAAUGGACGCCGCCACCACCUAAUAAUAGUAAUAACCUCUUUCAUAUCAUCCACAAAGUCCCGUCCGGUGAUUCUCCCUACGUCAGAGCCAAACAUGUUCAGUUAGUAGACAACAAUCCAAGCAAAGCCGUAUCAAUGUUUUGGGCUGCCAUAAAUUCGGGUGAUCGAGUUGAUAGUGCUCUGAAAGACAUGGCUGUAGUGAUGAAACAACUGAAUAGAUCCGAUGAGGCAAUUGAAGCCAUCAAAUCUUUCCGUCAUCUAUGCCCACUCGAUGCACAAGAGUCCCUUGACAACAUUCUUCUUGAACUAUACAAGAGAUCAGGACGGAUACAGGAGCAGAUAGAAUUGCUUCAAGCAAAACUGAAGUAUAUCGAGGAAUCUACUCCCAGUCUUGGGAAUCGAACAAAACUUGCCAGAUCACAAGGGAAGAAGAUUCAAAUCACAACAGGACAAGAGUAUUCAAGGUUAUUAGGGAACUUGGCAUGGGCUCACUUGCAGCAAGACGAUUAUAAAUUAGCAGAAGAAAUAUAUAGAAAAGCUCUUUCUUUGGAACCGGAUAAGAACAAGAGGUGUAAUCUUGCUAUUUGUUUGAUGUAUAUGGACAAGAUGACCGAAGCCAAGUUUCUUAUGAGUACCAUUAAAGAUUCAAACCGAACUAGAGAGAUGGAAGAUGAGUCGUAUGUCAAGUCCUACGAACGUGCGAUCCAGGUGAUGAAUGAAUUAGAAACAGAGAAAAGGUGUAACACUGGCAAGAAAAUAUCUUUCUCAUCGUUUCUUAGCAGAAACAAAGAAACGGAUUCCGUUGACAAAUUAGCAAAAAAAGGGAAUCAUAACGAUCCUGAUCCAGGAUUUAGGAAGUCAUACGCUUCUCCUUCUCCAGUUUGUGGCACGCCAAGGGCACCAUUCACGCAGCCGAGAAGAAGAGAGUGGGAAAGACAAGAUUCUGGUGGUGGGUGUUUUAGGAGAUUGCAUUUCGGGCAGGCUGCAGAAGUUAUUCAGAGAAAACCAUCGGGGAAUUGUAGUCUUGAGGUGAAACUACCAUCCACAGGUCGUGAAAUGUCAAUCAUACCCUCACAAGAACCGAAAGAAGCAAGAAACGGCAAGAAAAGCUGGGCGGAUAUGGUGGAAGAAGAUGAACAGAUUUUGCUUAAAUCAAAUUGGAACAAUUGCUGGAAGAACGACGAAGAAUAUGGCGAUGAAAAUGAGGAUUGUAACAUAAGGAGUGAAAAGAUUGAAUGUGUGCAGGAUGGGUAUCAAACUCAACCAGGAACCGCUACAAAUCAUGAAAUCGCGGAGAGAUGUUUGAGUUUUGAGAACAGUGUCGAUCAAGAACCAAAUGAAGAUGGAAACUAUUGGUGUUCUUCACCUGGGCAGAAGGAAAUGGCGGAUUUUAAUGGCGGAUAUUCCGGAAGAAAAGGUCGGUUGCAGGUUUUUCAGGAUAUAGUUUUGUCUUCUGAAAACAGGGGUGGCCUAGAAUGA